AUGGCCAUGGCAUCUAAUAAGUUCAAAAGAUUCGAACGGGAGAUUGUACUCUUAGCUAAUAGACUGGAGAUCGACUUCCCCGAGGAUCAAUGGCCGAUUAAGAGAUAUGUGGAGAUCGAGAGGUUAGCUCUCGCCAACUAUAGUAAAGACUAUAGGAAGCUCGGUGUCAUCAUUGAUGUCAUCGAUAAAAACCGAGCUACAAUCGGGACCCCUAACAUGGUUAGGAGCCAAAUGAACUUCAAAAGGCGAUCAUCAACAUCAAGAUUGAAAUUAGCAGUCCCCUUGUCCGAGAUCGAUCCGCAGAUCAUACUGGUAAACCGAUUGGAGAUCGGCACGGUGAUGGGCAAAGAAGACGAUUGGAAAAAGAUCAAGGUGGCUAUCAUGAUAAGAAUUUCACCAGAGAAGUUAGGAUCAGAAAAGUAG